ACCUCUACUUGAGUUGCAGAAGCGUUGGAAGAUUGAGCUAGUACAUUAAUGCGGAUUAGAGGCAGAAGUCUAUAGCUAUUAGAAUUUGUUCAACGGAAACAAGAUAAAUAUACUGUAAAUAUGAGUCUGUCGACAAUGAAGCGUAGUUGGCCGGGUUCAUCGAGUGUAGUUGGUCUGUUGUGUCCCUCAGUACAAAAUGGAGUAGUCGACAACGGCUUUUUCCCCUGCGACGGUCCUACGGCUGGGGGCCCGGAUACCCGCCCUACGCCUUUGGCUUCCUCAAAAGUACGAAUCGAGGAUGAACUGGAUAACUGCACAGAUGAGGUGGACACUUGCCCACGGGUCGCGAAGCCGGGAAGAAAUGGACCAAAGAAAGGAUUAAUGUUGGACAGGUUUCCACCGAGCACCAACGAGGACGGGUCUUUGCCGUCGUCACCCGGUACGCCGUUAGAUGGAUGUGGAAAAACGGCAGAAUUCAACACAAGCCAUAAUGGACUGGACCGCGAAACACGGGACCUCAUUGUGAAUUUCUUGCGGAUUUACACUGGACUCUCGCGGUCCAGACGGAGCCCAAGCAAGGCUCUUACGACGCUGACACGCGUUGUAGACGAUGUCAUUGAAAAACACCAUAUCGCCUACAACGGCAUGAUUCAGAAGCUGUAUCUGGAACAGAGAGGGGACGACACAAGCUUUGUCACAGUCGUGGCGAAGAACCUCUUCAGCGAUGGCACAACCAACUGGGGGCGCAUCGCCAGUCUGGUGGCGUUUGGGGCGAUGGUGUGCAAACACCUUAAAGAGAUUGGCAGGGAGCACUGUGUGGAGAGUGUGGGGCAUCAGAUCUCCAAUUACCUUCUCACCAACCAGCAGGAGUGGCUGCUUGCCAACAAAGGCUGGGAUGGGUUUGUGGAGUUCUUCCAUGUGGAAGACCCUGAGUCGGUUGUCAGAAAUGCUCUCAUGGCUUUUGCUGGCGUCGCUGGGAUCGGGGCAGGAAUUGCUUUCUUGAUCAGGUGAAUCUGUCAGACUGAACAAAGCCAUGUGACAUGGCAAACUAAUCAAGAGGGCACUACCACCCCCUUGAGACGCCUCCCAAGUUUGGAGUGGGAACGCAGGAAGCUGUCUGCCCCCGGAAAAGAGCACGGAUUGGAGGCGUCAACGAAGCAGUGGUGGGGCAGUCUACGGGUGUUGCAGCAUCAUGAACAUU